GGCUGGCUGGAGCCCCAGCGCCGCAGCAAGGAGCAGGUGCUGGAGCUGGUGGUGCUGGAGCAGUUCCUGGCCAUCCUGUCCCCGGGGAUGCAGAGCUGGGAGUGCGGGUGCAGCGUGGAGACCUGCGCCCAGGCCGUGGCCCUGGCCGAGGGGAUUCAGCUGGGCCAGGGGGAAGGUGACCAUCUCCGGCUUAAAGCAUUUGUUUCACCCUGGUCAUCAAUGCUGCUGUCCCUACAUCUAAGUGUUUUGGGGAUGUUCCCUCCCCGCCCCGUCGCUCCCACGUCCCUGCUCCCCAGUGAUGUAUUUAUCUUGUCCCCAGGUCACAGUGAGGGUGAAGGUUAAGGACGUGUGCGCAGAUGAGAUGCAGCCCAUGGGGCCACGGCGGGAGCCUGGCAAUGCCUGGCUGGAGCUGCCACAGACCCGUGGUGCCGACAGGCCAUUGGAGGAGGCAGGACAGAGGGAAACCCUGGGGCCUCGGGACCAGCCCCCCUGUCCCCCCAAGGAGGAGCCCCUGCCCCGCCAGGAGUCAGGUGCCAGGACCCUGAGGAGAGCUGAGCAGAAGCCUCCUGGAGAAGAGCCUGUAAAGCUGGAGCUGCCCAGGGCUUCCCCAGCGAGCCUGGAGGAGAGGGGCUCCCCGACACAUGAGCUGGGCCAACUGCAGAGGCGGCAGAGCAAACCUGCAAAGCAGAGGGAGAGCUUGGGGCUCCAGGAGGUGUUUGAAGACGUGGCUGUGUAUUUCACGCGGAAGGAGUGGGAGCUGCUGGAAGAUGAGGACAAGGUGCUUUACCGGGACCAGAUGCUGAGGAAUUUCCAAGCCCUCAUCUCCCUGGGACAUCGAGGUCCCACCCCUGAUUUAAUCUGCCGCAUCCAGCGAGGAUUGGUGGAGCUGUGGGUCUGUGAUGAUGAGGAUGGUGGGGAAAUCUCCAGGUCAGAGGAGCUGCUGCCAGGAGGUGCCUGGCUCCUCAGAGGACCCAAGGAGGAGGCUCAUGUGGAAGGGCCUGCAAAUGUGGAGUCACCAUGGACUUCCCUAGGGAGUUUGGGUGAGAUGGACUCCCCGAGACCUGAGAAGGAGCAGUGGCCCAAGAAUCAGGGAAGACCCCAGAAGCAGAUGAAGAAUGUAGCACUGAACCAGCACCGGCGCAUUCACCUGGGGAGGAAGACGCACCACUGCACUGAGUGCAGGAAGAACUUCACAUGCUGGCAAGACCUGUGCCAGCACCAGUGUGUGCAGAGUAGGGACCAGCCGCACAACGGCACCCAGGGUGGGAAGAGCUUCAGGCAGCCCUCCAACCUGGCCAGGCACUGGUGCAUGCACGCAAGGGAGAAGUCACAUGCUCAGUGCUCAGAGUGUGGGAAGAGUUUCGACUUGUCCUCCAAAUUAACCAAACACCAGCUCAUUCACACAGGCAAGAAUCCACAUUGGUGCUUGGAGUGUGGUAAGAGCUUCACUCGCUCCUCCAGCCUGGCUGAGCACCAUCGUAUCCACACCGGGGAGAAGCCACAUCAGUGCUUGGAGUGUGGGAAGAGCUUCACUCGCUUCUUCAGCCUGGCUGAGCACCAGCAUAUCCACACCGGGGAGAAGCCACAUCAGUGCUUGGAGUGUGGGAAGAGCUUCACCCGAUCGUCUGACGUGGGGAAGCACCAGCUCAUCCACGUGAGGGAGAAGCCCUAUCAGUGCUUGGAGUGUGGGAAGAGCUUCUCUCGCUCCUCCAGCCUGGCUGAGCACCAGCAUAUCCACACAGGAAAGAAGCCACAUCAGUGCUUGGAGUGUGGGAAGAGCUUUGUUCGCUCCUCCAACCUGGCUGAGCACCAGCAUAUCCACACAGGAAAGAAGCCACAUCGGUGCUUGGAGUGUGGGAAGAGCUUUGCUCGCUUCUCCAGCCUGGCUGAGCACCAGCGUACCCACACAGGAGAGAAGCCACAUCAGUGCCUGGAGUGCGGGAAGAGCUUCACCCGAUCGUCCGACCUGGUACAGCACCAGGUCAUCCACACAGGAGAGAAGCCACAUCAGUGCUUGGAGUGUGGUAAAAGCUUCACUCGCUCCUCCAACCUGGCUGGCCACCAGCGUAUCCACACAGGAGAGAAGCCACACCAGUGCUUGGAGUGUGGGAAGAGCUUCACCCGAUCGUCCGACCUGGUACAGCACCAGGUCAUCCACACAGGAGAGAAGCCACAUCAGUGCUUGGAGUGUGGGAAGAGCUUCACUCAGUCCUCCAGCCUGGCUAAGCACCGACGUAUCCACACCGGAGAGAAGCCAUAUGAGUGCUUGGAGUGUGGGAAGAGCUUCACUCAGUCGUUCAGCCUGGCUAAGCACCAGCGUAUCCACACGGGAGAGAAGCCACAUCAGUGCUUGGAGUGUGGGAAGAGCUUCACCCGAUCGUCCGGCCUGGUGCAGCACGAGCUCAUGCACGCAGGAGAGAAGCCACACCAGUGCUUCGUGUGUGGUAAAAGCUUCACCCGAUUGUCCGACCUGGGGAAGCACCAGCUCAUCCACACGGGACAGAAGCCACAUCAGUGCUCGGAGUGUGGGAAGAGCUUCAGUCAGUCCUCCAGCCUGGCUAAGCACCAGCGUAUCCACACCGGGGAGAAGCCACAUCAGUGCUCGGAGUGUGGGAAGAGCUUCACCCGAUCGUCCGACCUGGUGCAGCACCAGCUUAUCCACACGGGUGAACCGACUUUGUUACUUAAAAUUUUUAAUUGCUCAAAUUAAGGGCGAGACCUUAUAAAGGGGGA